ACAAGCACAUACAGUGGAAUGUUUGUGGAGUCAUAAUAUGCCAUGUAUGGAGUUUAACAUCAGUUUCAGUAUAGAAAACUUGCUUCCCACGUGAUCUUGUAAAGCAAGGUACAAGGAGGAUGUUUCAGAGAAAUGGCUUGCAUAUAAUAAUGUCAAUAAUGUCCUCAUUCAUAUGACUUUUGGACUAUGGAAAAAUUAGAAGGGUUUAGCACGAGACAUAUUGACAUAUAAUGAAACUGAAAGAUCCAUAACAUGAGGGUAGUGCGUACGGCCCAGGACAUCACUGGGGCUAAUGUGCAGUCAUAAACUGUUCUCUCUACUACCGCAUGGCAAGGGGUACGGAGUGCCAAGUCUAGGACCAAAAGGACAGUUUUUACCCGCAAGCCAUAAGACACCUGAACAGAGAUGUAUCCACCCAAUAUAUGUGGGCGUCACUGUCUGGGGCCCCUGUCCUUCCACAAAGGGGCCUUGGGAACCGAUGUGUGGCUGAGUCUGGGAGGUAGACGUGUGGAGAGGGACAGAGAGACCUUCCAGAAUGGUCUGACUUUCAGCAGUCGUCCAAUCAGGGUCCAGGAGAAGAUACAUCUGCGGGUGGAAUGCUGUGACCAACACUGGCAUGGAGCUCUGCGGCUGGGCUUCACCAUCAUACCCCCCUCCUCCUCUGGGCCCCUCUUCCCUCCUGCUAUGGCUAUCCCUGACCUCACCACCACCUACGGGUACUGGGCAUCCAUCGUGCCCUCCAGCCUCAUCAUGCCAGGGGCAGAGCUCCGCUUCUGGGUGACCCCUCGAGGAAUGCUGGUUUACGAGGGGCCAAAUGGUUUGAGGUACAAGCUACUGAAGGGGGUGGAUGUGACACGCCCCCUGUGGGCCAUGAUAGAUGUCUACGGACAGACCAGAGCUGUGCUCCUAUUGGGAUCAAAAAAGAAAGACUUAUUGAAGUUGCGGAUCCGGAGGUCCUGUCCUGUCCCUCCUCCCCCCUCUGUGUCUCAUAGGGACAGCUGCAUGUGUGUGAACGAGGAUCAUCCCUGUCGCACCCCUCAGGACUACAGGCUCUCUGCUGACCCUAUCCCUACCACACAGAUAGACCACUCUAUAGAUCGGGACAUCGCUGACGAUUGCGUGGUCUGUCUAUCUGCUAGAGCUUCUGUGGUCCUUCCCUGCGCCCACCGCUGCCUGUGCCUUCGCUGCGCCCAGCGGGUCAAGGCCGACUUUGGAAACUGCCCGCUGUGUCGCCAGUCAAUCAGAUACAGCGACGAGGACAGGGGGAUAAAAAGUUGACCAACCGAUGGGGAAAGGAGGGAGAAAAGCAAAGAUGAUCUAAUCAGCAUUAUAUUAGUUCAUAAUAUUGUAAACAUUUCCCUUAUGUUCUUUUUUAUAUCAACUGUCUAUUUUUCAAAGUGACUUAUGUUAUAAUGUAGGCAUGUAUACUACAUGUAGGCAUGAAUACUUGAUGAAGAACGUCUCACUGUAGAUGUUUUAUUUGUCAAUGAAUCCAAAUGUAAAUAAAUGCACCCAAAAUGAAGACCGUUUCUCUUUUAUUUGAUAACUUUAAAUAAAUAGGCCUAGGGAAAUUACAGUCAGACAACUAUGUAGCCAAC